CCGGCCGGCCCUCCCCCUAGCGCCCUGCCUUCCUCCGCUGGCUGAGGCAGCGCGGGCUGCUGCUUCCCUGCCGCUCCUGCCCCCGGGGCUCUGCCAGCUGGUGGCCCUCUCCUCCGCCUGCCCAGCCCAGCCCGCCAGAUGUCCUCGGCCCCCGUCCGCUCCCCCACGCUGCGGCCCCACAGGAUGAAGAAGGACGAGUCUUUCCUGGGCAAGCUAGGCGGGACGCUGGCGAGGAAGAAGAAGGCGAAGGAGGUGAGUGACCUGCAGGAAGAAGGCAAAAAUGCAAUCAAUGCGCCAAUGUCUCCCACUACCAUCGACAUCCACCCUGAAGAUACCCUACUAGAGGAAAAUGAGGAACGUACCAUGAUCGAUCCCAACUCCAAAGAAGACUCCAAAUUCAAAGAACUGAUCAAGGUUCUAAUUGACUGGAUUAACGAUGUCCUGGUGGAAGAGAGAAUCAUCGUUAAGCAGCUUGAGGAAGACCUUUAUGAUGGGCAAGUGCUACAGAAGCUUUUGGAAAAGCUGGCUGACCGUAAACUGAAUGUGGCAGAAGUGACACAGUCUGAAAUUGGUCAGAAACAAAAGCUGCAGACGGUUCUGGAAGCUGUCCAUGAUUUACUCCGACCCCAUGGCUGGACAAUCAAAUGGAAUGUUGACUCAAUCCAUGGCAAGAAUCUAGUUUCCAUUCUCCACCUUCUCGUAGCUUUGGCCAUGCAUUUCCGGGCUCCCAUCCGGCUUCCUGAGCAUGUUUCUGUGCAAGUGGUAGUUGUAAGGAAACGGGAAGGCCUUCUCCAGACAGCUCAUGUUACAGAAGAGCUCACAACCACUACAGAAAUGAUGAUGGGAAGAUUUGAACGAGAUGCCUUUGACACCCUCUUUGACCACGCACCAGAUAAACUCAGUGUAGUGAAAAAGUCUCUCAUCACCUUUGUGAACAAACACCUCAAUAAGCUGAAUUUGGAAGUGACAGAAUUAGAAACACAGUUUGCAGAUGGUGUCUAUUUGGUAUUGCUCAUGGGUCUGCUUGAAGACUAUUUUGUUCCUCUCCACAACUUUUAUUUAACACCUGAAAGUUUUGAUCAAAAGGUCCAUAAUGUUUCCUUUGCUUUUGAGUUGAUGCAAGAUGGAGGGCUCAAGAAACCAAAGGCUCGUCCUGAAGAUGUUGUUAACCUGGAUCUGAAGUCUACCCUCAGAGUUUUAUACAACCUGUUCACGAAGUACAAGAAUGUUGAGUGACUCUGAAAGCUGCUGAGUUGCUAAUCUUCACAAUCUCCUUAGAGGGGAAAAAGGGAAAAACAAAAUACCCUUUAUGUUCCCUUUGUGCCUUACACUUUAUUCCAUGCUGCAUGAUAGCAUUCCUCCUUUUGUUCAUAUUAUCUCUAUGUAACUUUUUGCAUGAUAUGCCCGCUGAAAAUAGUCUGUGUGUUUGUUACAAAUAUUGUUUGAAAUAUCGUUUGAAUAUCGUUUUUACAUUUGUGCUCUGAGAUACUAGUGGGUCUGUUUGCUAAGGUCAGCAAGCUUUCUUGUUCUGUUGAUAAAGAAAUGUUAUACUAGCUACUUGGAUAAACAGGAAAAACUUGAAUCUGCCUUGAUGGGGCAAUGCCUUUAUGUACUUUCUUUAGUAAACUACUUGGUUACCAUUGCUAGUGGAAAAUACACUAGGCUUGAGUGUUAGAAAUACAAAAUACUUUCAUUGUAAUGUAUUUGGAAACUCCAUGGUUUCCAUUAAGGCUUGUGUGUGUCACUGUAUUUGUUUCCAAGGACACCAGCUGAAACUGUACGCAAGAACCCAGGAGAGCUUUUCCUACCUUUCAUGUUAACCUCAUACCACCCAGUAUUAUUUCCACUUGAUGUUUACGCACGAUUAGCCUGGAAAUGGAAUGAUUGACAAAUCUGGCCAUGGCUGCUUUUCUCCCCUCCUUUUGUGCUGAGGAGGGAGCUGCAGUCACACUUUAAAAUGUGCAGUCACUGGAUCAGCGCUGUCAGGAGCUGGUCAAGAAUGGAUGGCCUGGCUGGAUUUGUGCAGUUUUUUUAACCAUUUGUGGAAUGAACCGGGGGAAUGACAGUUUGAUUGCUUUGAGGUGCAAGGUUGACUUUUAUUUUCUUGGGGAAAAGCUAAUGUGUCCGCUUCUGCUCUCAUUAAAGGCAAUGGCAGUUAUAAUAUUUCAGAGCCCAAGGUCUGUAAACAAAACUGUUGUUUUUGUCUUAAAUAUUAAAUGGAGACAAGUCAUUUUUCAAUACGAUGUUGUCUCCGUCUCCUGGGUUUACAGUGAGCAAAACUGUAUUGUGUACCCCAGUAUCAAACCCAUGGGACUUGCACUGGAUUUGGAGCAGUUUAGAGGUGUGAUCCCAGGGCUGAGUUAACUUCAUCCCACAAUCCCAGUGAUACUUCGCUACUGCUAUGAGUUCUGGACCCAGUGCUGUAGUCCUUAGGCAAAAUUACCAGUGGGGUCAGUGGGAGUUUGGCUUGAGAAGAAUAGACCCUUUGAAUGUAUCUGCUUUGUCAUAAGACACCUUUACAGCACUUGAUGGAUUUCACCCGAGUGUAGAGACUGUCUAAUGAUGCAAUGUAGUUAAAUGUACAAAGAAGGCAAGGUUAGGAUGUGUUUGGGAUGAGCAGAUUAUGGGCAGGGCUUUUAAAAGAAAUAGUAUUAUCAUUUUAAAGUAAGUUAUUUGUAGGCUACGUACCUUAGAGCAUUCAUUCCUUCCCUCAGAGUGUGGAGGAAAGAUUCAGAACCACUAUAUUAUUGUUUUCUAUUUAUCACAUUAAUCACAUGUUAUGGGCUGCCAGGUUUUAUGUAAAGCAAUUAACAGAGUGGCCUAUCAAGGAAGAAUGUAUUACUGCAUUUUCUGGGCCAAGUACAGUCCUGUUAUAAGCAGAGGCCCAUCUUUCAUUGAUUACAAAUAAAAUGCAUCUGCUUAUACCAGGUCUGUAUUUACCCUUCAUGUUUAAAGAGCAAUAGGAAACAUGUAUCCCCUUACUGUGAACUGUGGUGUAAUUAUACAGAAGAGUUUCUUCUCUUCAUUGACAUUUUUGUUUCUUGACACUUUAGCAGUGACCUUGCAAAGGGAGAAAACAUCUUUUUUUAAGGUUUCUUUCUGAUGUCUAAAAGUAGCCU